GCCCCGGUUUGUCAUUAUAUAAGGAACAAACAUAACAUGGUGUCAGAUUGGUAGUCGCUAUGACGCGACAGAGGAGAGAAAGGAGUAACUGCAAAUUUCCUUCAAGUGACGUCAAGUGACGUGAGUAGUCGAAGACGCUAGCUUGCAAGAGCGAGAGCAACGAGCCGCAGCAGCGAGAGUGACAGCAGCGAGAGCGAGGCUGCAUUGGAAUGUGUUGAUGAGCAAGUUGAUGAGCAACAUACUGAAGUAAGAGAAAUUGACACUGUUCCUGUUCUCUGUCAUGGAUAGGCUUAGUCCUCCUACUCCUAUGCAGUUAACAGGAAAUUUAGCUGACAAUUGGAAACGUUUCAAGCAGGGAUUCAAUAUCUACAUAGCAGGGGGAGAUUAUGACAAAUUGAAAGCUUCCAUUUUUCUGCAUGUUAUUGGAGAGGAUGCAUUGGACAUUUACAAUAGCUUUCAGCAAGACGAGGCAAACUUGACAUUGACUGUGCUAAUGCCUAAAUUCGAGGAGUACUUUGAACCAAGCCAGAACGUCACGUUUGAGAGAUACAAGUUUUUUUUUUCAUGAUCAGAAACAGGGAGUCAGUUUUUACCAGUAUUUGGCUGAGCUGAACACACUGAGCAAAACGUGUGAAUUUGAAAAUCUGAAAGACUCACUAGUGAAAGACAGGAUAGUAUGUGACAUACUUGAUAAUGGACUCAAGGAGAGAUUGCUGCGUGAGCAAGAUUUAACUUUGGAUAAAGCAGUGAAUAUGUGUCGAGCAGCUGAAACCAGCAAAGCACAAGCUAAAGAGCUGUGCAGGGAUGAGACGUCAGUGUAUGCAAUAAAAAUAGAGGAGCACCACGCACAACGCCUUACAAAACAAAAACAAGCAAAAGAAAGAAAUCAAAACACUACAUGUGGAAAAUGUGGAUUUAUCCACAAGCCAAAAAAAUGCCCUGCAUAUGGCAAAUCAUGAUGCAAAGCUGAGGCAACAAAGAAAAAGGUUCACACAGUCGAGGAGAUGGAAGAAUUCUUUGUUGAUUCUGUGGAAAUAUGCAAUGCAGUAAAUGCUGAAUGGAUUGUGCCAUUGACUGUGAAUGAAACUAUAUUACCAUUCAAGCUUGAUACUGGAGCACCUGUAGUCACUGGAUGACUACAAAACACUGAAGGUGAAGAGCAAAAUACACCCGGUGAAAAUGAAGGUUACUGGUUAUACUGGGGAGAACGUACCAGUCAAAGGUAGCUGCAUAGUAACUUUACAGCAUAAAGGAAAACAGUUCAGAGCACAGCUGCUGAUUGUGGAAAAGAGUGUACAGCCUAUUCUAGGAAUCAUGUGCAUAGUGACAUCACAGACUGAAAAUGACCAAGAAUCGCUACUGGCUGAGUAUGAGGAUGUGUUUGAGGGUCUUGGAUGUUUACCAGGAGAACACAAUAUGUGCUGAUGACAAAAUUACUCCAGUUGUGCAUGCAUGCAUGCAGAAAAGUUCCAUUUGCACUGAGAAAAAAGCUCAAAGAGGAACUUGGAUGCAUGGAAAAGAUGGACGUCAUCACAAAAAUGGAUGAACCAGCUUAACCAGUAAGCUCACUGGUUAUUGUGGUGAAAAAGAACGGCGAUCUCAGGAUAUGUCUAGACCCGAGAGAUCUCAACAAAGCAAUCAAGAGAGAAUAUUUCAAGUUGCCAACCAGAGAAGAGAUAAGUUCGCAGUUUGCUGGAGCAAAGUGGUUCAGUAAGCUUGAUGCCUCAUCAGGAUUCUAGCAAAUGAAGCUAGGUGAUGCAAGCUCAAGGCUAUGCACAUUCAACACACCUGAGGGCAGGUACAGAUUUAUUUUUCUACCAUAUGGGAUUCUCUCAGCGCCAGAGGUCUACCACAAGACAAUCCACAUGCUCUUCGAGCACAUUCCAGGAGUGGAGACUAUGAUGGAUGACAUCAUCGUCUGGGGGUCCACAAAAGAAUAACACGAUGCGAAAGUGAGACAAGUGCUGGACCUGAAAUUACCACGACAUUUGGCGACGGGGAUGGGAUGUGAAUCUUCACUCGGUGACCGCUCCUGACGACCUAGGUUCUGACCAAUCCUGUGUGGGGGAUCCUUAAAGUUCUGUGUUAUUUUGGAGCGCACCACCCUGACAGUCACCAAUGGCAGUCGCAGUGCCCAAACUCUCCAGCGGUGCUGUUGUCAAAAUCCGCUACAACAGCAUAGAUGUGGGCACCACUCGAUGGAAAGAGGGGACUUUUGAGGUUCUUGAGAAGGAUAACAAAGUCAACCUGUGGCUGAAGUUUAGUGCCGGUGGUGCAGCCAAAAGUUUCCAGCUCAACCAUAAUGUGAAUAAUGUCGUGAUGCAGCCCAUACACACUAUGAGACGAAUUGUGGUGACUCUGAAGGAUGACAGCAUAGUCACCCUUGAGAGAGUUCCCCCGGUUGUGGCUGAGAAAAUGAAAGAAUACCUUGAAAAGCUGAAACAUGGAAAAUCAACCGUUCUAAAGACCUCCCAGGGAAGUGCCAGCUUUGGUGUGCUCGGGAAUCGAUCCGUGAAGAAUGAGACCAGUCCGCCUGGAGAACGACAGACAACACCCAGGCGACCCAUUGUGGACAACCGGGAGGAGACGACGACCCGCAAGCACCUGGGUAGCCCCAGCAGAGUGACCUCCACACCUGCCCGCAGUGGGCUGUCUGAGAACAGGAAUGAGAAGAGGAAGAGACUCCACAUCUUUGACUGUGACCUGACUGAGGACUACCCCAAGGAGAAUGACUCAUCCAGCAACAACAAGGCCACGCCGGACCCCUCCAGGAAAUUUCUGCUGAGCUGCAAAGACAAGCUGAAACAGGCGGAGGAGAACCGUAGCUCAGUUUCACUGGUCCAGUCGCAAUUUCAGCCCACGUCAUUCUACGGCAGCCGAUCGGCGACCAAAGACUACGCGAGUCACUCCUUUCUAGACAGGCCAUCCACUACAUCUCGGACCCCCUCGGCUAAGAGAAGUCUCAUGUUACCCAAUCACUCAACCCCCUUAAAGAAAGUGCGCCCGACUCUGGACUACGGUGGCUGGAACAAGCCGAGACCAUCCACUCUGGCCCAGCCACAGCCUCCACUGCAAGGAUUCUCCAACCUGGGCAACACGUGUUACAUGAACGUCAUCCUCCAGUCUCUUUUCAGCCUGCCAUCAUUCUCCAAUGAUUUGCUGAAGCAGGGAAUCCCAUGGAAGAAGGUCCCAGCCAACGCCCUGCUCAGACGCUUUGCCCACUUGCUGGCCAAGAAGGACAUCUCGUGCCCCGAGGUGAAAAAAGACCUGCUGAGGAGAGUGAAGAGUGCCAUCUCCUCCACCGCCGAGCGCUUCUCCGGAUACAUGCAGAACGAUGCCCAUGAGUUUCUGAGCCAGUGCCUGGACCAGCUGAAGGAGGACGUGGAGAAAGUGAACAAGAGCUGGAAAAGCGAGUCGCCAGCGGCCGCGUGGGAUGAGCCUCCCCAGCAAGCGGCCGCAGCCCGGCCCGGGGAGGAAGUGGACACCUCGCGCAUCUACACCUGCCCUGUGGUGGUUAACAUGGAGUUCGAGGUGCAGCACACCAUCACCUGCAAAGACUGUGGCGAGGUGGUGAACAAGCGGGAGCAGUUCAAUGACCUGUCCAUUGACCUGCCUCGCAGGAAGAAGACCAUCCCUCUCCGGUCCAUCCAGGACUCUCUGGACCUCUUCUUCAGGAUCGAGGAAAUUGAGUAUUCCUGUGAGAAGUGCAGCGGGAAAGUGGCGACAGUGACUCAUAAAUUCAGCCGACUCCCCAGAGUUCUGAUUCUGCACCUGAAGCGCUACAGCUUCAACGCCCAGCUGUCACUGAACAGUAAGCUAGGCCAGCAGGUGAUGAUCCCCCGCUACCUCACGCUGCUGUCCCACUGCACGGACGCCACGCGCCCGCCCCUCAGUCUCGGCUGGAGCGCAAACGCCGCCAUGCCACGAACACUGAAGGCCUCCCAGUCGGUGAACUCCUCCUCACUACUUCGGAAAGUGUCUCUGAAGGCGGGGGGCAGCUCCAGCACUGUGCUGGUGGACUCUGACAGCGAGGAGGAGCUGAGCCGGAAGGUGGUGAGCCGCAAGCGCCGCCUCAGCGACUGUCUGCCCGAUGACAGAGCAGAUGAGGUCCAGCGGGCUGUCCACCACCCAGAUGCGUCAGACUUCAACCGCAUCAGCGAUGAGGAAAUGCUGGCGGCGGUGCUGGAGAUGAGUCGCCACGACGCUGGGCUCUCCUGCCAUGCCCCUGAGGACGAGCCAACCAGCAGCCCUGACACGGGCUUCGGCGACGCCGACGCCCAGGAGAUGAACUACCGCCCAGACCCGCUGGAGACGGACACUAAGCCGUCUGCAGACGUGCUGGACUCCCUGGACCUGACCAUGGACGAAAACAAGGAGAACCAGACCCCCGAGGGGGUGCAGGGGGAUCUUGACUGGGUGCAGCAGUAUGGCCUGGAGCAGGAGAGGGAGGAGCAGGAGCUGCAGCUAGCCCUGGCCCAGAGCCUGCAGGAGCAUGAAGCCCAAGAGAUGAGGGAGGACGACGACCUGAAGAAAGCCACAGAGCUCAGCCUGCAAGAGUUCAACAAUUUGUUGCCGGAGCUGCUGUGUUCAGAUGAGGACUCUGGGAACGAGGAGGUGCUGGAUAUGGAGUACAGCGAAGCAGAGACCGAGGAUCUGAAGAGAAAUGCUGAGAGCGGAGACUUGGCCAACUCGUUUCGGCUGAUCAGUGUAGUCAGUCACAUCGGGAGCAGCUCCUCCUCUGGCCAUUACAUCAGCGACGUGUACGACAUGAAGAAGCAGUCGUGGCUGACCUACAACGACCUGGAUGUGUCGCGCACGCAAGAGGCCUCGGUGCAGAGAGACCGCGACCGCAGCGGAUACAUCUUUUUCUACAUGCACAAGGAUGUGUUUGAGGAGCUGUCUGAGUUGGAAAGGACAGGGGCCAGUGGAGGAGCCUCUGAGGCAGGGAGGACUGUCCUGCAGCCCCUCUGAGCCACCAGUCUGUCAUCAGUCACACACCAACCCACCACGCACUGAGCUCUCCCCAACAGAUGGGUCGGGUUUGGGAUGAAGGAGAACCUUUCUCCAGUACUACUGAUCACCGUCCACAUUUUUGUCUUGAGGCGCUUUGUCCUUUUUAAAAACAAAACAACAGGCCAUGGUAGCUUCUGUCGUGAAGGCAGGCUCAGAUGUCAGCACACACAGCCAACGGUCCUUCUCUACAGGUCUGUUCAGAAAUGAGAGGCAGCGCUCUCAAAAGAAAGAAAAGAGCUGACGGUUCUUUGUUUAUUAAACCCUGAGAGAUAUUAGCCCUGAACUUUUCAGACUUCUUUAUUUAAUUUUCUAUAAUUUGUUGUUGUAAUACAGUUUUUCUUGGCACACAUGAUAUUAACUGUCAUGCAUUUAAGAAAUUAAAUAGUAAGUGUCAGAUGCUUGAUGCUGGUGCUCCUUUGAUUGUAUGGUUUUUACUUUUUAUUUCCAAUAUAAUUUAAAAUGUAUUCUAAAAUAUAGUUUAGGGUAAGGAGGGUGUACUUUUUUGUUCUAUACAGUGCAUUUGGAAAGUAUUGACACCUUGACUUUUCCACAUUUUGUUACAGCCUUAUUCUAAAAUGAAUUCAAUUGUUUUUUUCCCUCAUCAAUCUAAACACACAAUAACCCAUAAUGACCAGCAAAAUCAGGAUUUUAGAAAUGUAAAAUCGGGUUCACGUCCGUGCUCUGGCUGGGCCACUCAAGGACAUUCAGAGACUUGCCCCAAAGCCACUCCUGCGUUGUCUUGGCUGUGUGCUUAGGGUCGUUUUCCUGUUAGAAGGUGAACCUUCGUCUGAGGUCCUGAGAGCUCUGGAGCAGGUUUUCAUCAAGGAUCUUUCCCUCGAUCCUGACUAGCCUCCCAGUCCCUGCAGCUGAAAAAUAUCCCCACAGCAUGAUGCCACCAUGCUUCACUGUAGGGAUAGUUCCAAGUUUCCUCCAGAUGUGAAGCUUGGCAUUUAGGCCAAAGAGUUCAAUCUUGGUUUCAUCAGACCAGAGAAUCUUGUUUCUCAUGGUCUGAGAGUCCUUUAGAUGCCUUUUGGCAAACUCCAAGCGGGCUGUCAUAUGCUUUUUACUGAGGAGUGGCUUCCGUCUGGCCACAUCAUAAAGGCCUGAUUGGUAUGCUGCAGAGAUGGUUGUUCUUCUGGAAGGUUCUCCCAUCCACCGAGGAACUCUAGAGCUCUGUCAGUGACCAUCGGGUUCUUGAUCCCCUCUCUGACCAAGGCCCUUCUCCCGCAAUUGCUCAGUUUGGCUGAGUGGCCAGCUCUAGGAAGAAUCUUGGUGGUUGGUGGGGACCUUGAAUGCUGCAGAAAUGUUUUGGUACACUUCCCCAGAUCUGUGUCCUUCAUCCUCAUGGCUUGGUUUUUGCUCUGAUAUGCACUGUCAAACUGUGGGACCAUAUAUAGACAUGUGUGCCUUUCCAAAUCAUGUCCAAUCAAUUGAAUUUACCGUAGGUGGACUCCAACUGGUAUAAACAUCAAGGAUGAUCAGUGAAAACAGGAUGUACCUGAGCUCAAUUUUGGGUCUCAUAGCAAAAUGCUUAUGGAAAAUAAGGUAUUUAAUUUGCAAAAAAUUCUAACCCUGUUUUUGCUUUGUCAUUAUGGGGUAUUGUGUAGAUUGAGGAUUUGUAUUUUUCAUCCAUUUUAGAAUAAGGCUGUAACAAAAUGUGGAAAAGGGGAAGAGGUCUGAAUACUUUCCGAAUGCACUGUAUGCCGCGAAACGUGGUGCAAUAUUUAUUUAUUUUGUGGCAUGGAUUUGCCAAUUCUGCUUGUAUUUGUUUCAAGUCUGUUCAUUUGAGUUGGGUGUGAUAAAGGAAGUUUCCAAUUUCUUUCAAUGAUUUA